AAAAGCCAAAGCCACGGGAAAGCAGAAGAAGGAGAAAGAAGCAAAGGAAGAAGAAGAAGAAGAAUAAGGCAGUCCCCUCUCUCCCCUUCAUCUCCCUCUUCUUUUCUUGGACUCAAUUCAUCUCUCUCUCUCUCUCUCUGUCUCUUUCUUUCUUUCUGUGUGGAAGCAAAGAGAAAGAAAAGGCGAAAAAAGGGAAGAUUUUGGGUGUGUUUUUAGGUGAGAAGCAGCUGGAAUGGUGUUGUUAAUGGUGGUGGUGGUGACACUUUCUGGUUUUCCCAUUUGACACAAAAGAUUCAUUCAUUCACUCACUCACAUAUAUACCCAUUUCUUUCUUCUUCUGCAACUAUACUUUCUCUCUCUCUCUCAAAACCAAUAAAGAUUUGUGUGUGAUUCAUACUGUUUAUGUGUAUGCCUUAAUUACACCCUCCAGGCUCCACCCCAAUCCCCAACUAUUCACACCUCUUUGCUCUCUCUCUAUUCACCUCCCAUUCCUUCAAUUCUCUUCCUCUAUAUAUUAAUAUAUAUAUCUGUUCUUAGCAUUCGGCAAUGGCGGUUCAAGCUCAACACCACCCUUCUAAUGUUCUCUUCUUAAACAGAAGUGGCGCUCAGGACGGUAAGGGGAACGAUUACUCCUUGCACCCUUAUCACGCCGGUGCUGGUGGGGGAACGUUUAUUGAUGAAACGGAAAUGCUGUUCAAUCACGGAGUUGAUGCGAAUUCGAGAAAGAGGGGGAGAGAGCAUACCAGUAGUACUACUGCGGCGGCGAUGAGUAAUCCUAAUCCUAAUCCAAAUCCAAAUCCUCCGUUGAUUUCGUUGCAAUCUCAGCCGCAUCAGCUUAUCGAUCUCACGCAGCUGCACGCUUCUCCGCACCCUAAUGUUGUGUCCACCGGCCUCCGAUUGGCCUUCGCCGACCACCGCCAACACCACCACCACUCGCUUUCUCCUCAAUCAUCGCAAUCUUCGCUUUUCUUCUCGGUUUUGGCUGAGGAUUUGGGGACUCAUAUCAAACAGCAGCGCGAUGAAAUCGAACAAUAUCUCCGAGCUCAGGGCGAGCAAUUGAGGCGGACAUUGGAGGAGAAGAGGCAGAGGCACUACCGUGCGCUGCUGGGAGCGGCGGAGGAGUCGUUGACGCGGCGGCUGAGGGAGAAAGAGGCGGAGGUCGACAAGGCCACCCGGCGCAAUGCCGAGUUAGAGGCGCGUGCGGCACAACUCGCCGCCGAGGCGCAGGCGUGGCUGGCCAGGGCUAGAGCACAGGAGUUGACGGCGGCGACGCUGCAGGCUCAGCUGCAGCAGGCGAUGGCAAGGCCAGGCUGCAGCACCGCUCACCAUCCGCCGGAGAGGAACGACGGCGCCACCGCCGCCGGCGAAGCGGAGGACGCCGAGUCCGCCUACAUUGACCCCGACCGAGUCGAAGUCUCCGCCGGCUCCAAUUGCCGGUCGUGCGGGAAACGAGGGGCGUCGGUGGUUCUGUUGCCUUGCCGGCAUCUUUGCCUCUGCCGGCGCUGCGACGCCGCCGCUCAGGCUUGCCCACUUUGCCUCACCGUUAGAAGCUCCAGCGUUGAAGUCUUCUUUUGCUAGAAGAAAAGCCCAAUCUCGGCCCAAAACCCAAUCGUCCAUGGAAAAAUGAGAACCGAAACAAAAAGAAAUUUUAAAAUGCCAAAACAAGUUUUUAAAAAAGAAAAACAAUAAUAUUGGAUUCAAGUAUAUAUUUGUUUGAACUAAUUAACUUUAUUUUCUACUGCAUAAAAAAAAACAAAAACAAAUUUUCAGUGUUGAAAUUAUUAUUUUUGGAGAGUGAAACUAUCUUGGAGGUAAUAUUGUACAUUGAAUGACAUUACCAUUUUGCCAUUUUGAAACAAAUUGAUUUUAUUUAUAUGUAAAUUCAUUGAUUUCUCA